ACUACCUAUGUGCAAAAACCAACAUGUCAGCGCCCUUGAGCUGCACCUCUCAAAGAACUUCUCUGGCUUUGGUGAUGGUUAGCUAGCUACGAUAAAUGAACAUCCAGAAAAAAAUGAUUUAUGGAAAAUAGUCGUUAUGGUCGAUACAACUGUACACACUAUCCAAAACCCUUCAGAACGUCAUAUCACUUCAAUUAGCUGUCGUUGUGUAGUGCAAAACAAAUCAGCUAGCUAACUAGAUAAUAUGCUAAACAAAUCAACAAAUUAUAAAGAGUAAUAUUGUUCCACUGUUGUAUUAAGCCUUUUAUGCGAACCAUUGUUUAGUAUGGCUUUUACUCAAGCUGUCAAAAUGCACGUAGGGAACGUGUGUGGUCGUUCCUGGAUGUCCUCUUACCAGAGGGGGUCUACUGUCAUGUCCCAAAGACAAAGAGAUUACGGAGCGGUUCUAUGCGGUAGAUGUCAAAAUUCGUCCCAAAAGCUUUGCCCAAAUAGUAGAGCUAUGCAUGCAACUCGGCCAUUGAUGAUUACAAAGUUACUGUCAGUGGACGAGAUCUUUGCCAGAAGAUCACUACAGGAUUACAUCAAGAAGAUGGAGACAGAGUACAGAGAUAGUCUGACAGUUGUCAACAUGACAGAGGGACAGCAGGACGGUGAAGAGGAAUUGAGAGUGAAGAGAACAAGAGUUUCUGUACUAGCCCCACUAAUCCAGUACACCAGAGAGCUUCAGACAAAACAGCAGGAAUUUGCUGAAACUGAAACAUUACUGAAAGAUGACGACCCAGACAUGCGUGACCUGGCAGUCCUUGAGAGGGAGGCUUGUCAGAAAGCGAUUCAAGAUGUUAGACAAAAGAUCCUGUCCCUGUUGAUCCCUGAGGAGGAGUCAGACAUGAGUGACCUGGUCCUGGAGGUCACCGCAGGGGUCGGAGGUCAGGAGGCCAUGCUCUUCACUGCAGAGGUCUUUGACAUGUACCAGAGCUUUGCAGCACACCAGGGCUGGGGGUUUGACAUCCUGGAGUACAUGAAAAGUGAAAUAGGUGGGUUACGUCAUGCAUCAGCCAGUGUCAGUGGUCCUAAGAGCUACAAGAGGAUGAAGUUUGAGGCAGGUGUGCAUCGCGUGCAGAGAGUCCCUAAGACUGAGAAACAGGGCCGAAUGCACACCAGCACCAUGACCGUGGCAGUGCUACCCCAGCCUACAGAGAUCACUUUCACAAUUAAUGCGAAGGACUUGAGGAUUGAAACCAAGAGGGCGAGUGGAGCCGGGGGCCAGCAUGUCAACACCACAGACAGCGCAGUGCGAAUAGUUCAUCUACCGACAGGUGUGGUAUCAGAAUGCCAGCAGGAAAGAUCCCAGCUGAAAAAUAAGGAGAAGGCCAUGAAGGUUUUACGUGCCAAACUCUAUAGUAUGAGGCUGGAAGAAGAGACCAGUAAGCGAUAUACUGCACGGAAAGUCCAGAUUGGUACCAAAGGUAGAUCUGAGAAAAUCAGGACCUACAACUUUCCCCAGGACCGAAUCACAGAUCAUCGGAUUUUGAAAACAGUGCAUGAUGUCAGGGAGUUUCUUGUGGGCGAAGAGCUUCUAGAGGAAAUGAAUUUGGCACUAGAGGAGUUCUCUAACCAGGAGAUUCUCAUGGACAUUCUUGGAGAAAAUAACUCUGAUCAAUAAUAGUCUAUGUGGUAGUUUACAUUAAAUCUAUGAAGCUAUGCAUGUUGUCUUUUGCAAGAUCAGUGUGCUUGUUUGCCUUCAUGGUUUUAGUUUAAGAGCCCACUUUACACACUCCGCCCAUGGGUGUGAACUGCCAGUUCUCAAACUGCUUUUUUAUCUUUUAGCAGUAAAACUUCAGAAUACAUCAGUACCCCCUCCCCCCAGCAGAGACAAAGUAUUGCCCAAUGAAUUAUAUUUGUGUAUGACAUGACAGGUAUUUGUCAGUGACUGCCUAUUACUUUAUUCAUGCUGUGUUGACUGCCCUUUUCUUUUCCCAUAUUUCAAACACAUUUUUAAAAGAAUAGAAUCAUUGCACCAAUAUUUAAACGAGUCGCGUACACCUCGACAUAUUUUCUACUGUAUUUUCCAAGAAAGGUUUUUAAACUGAAAAUAAAAAAUUGUAUUUUUUUUAAA